AUGACUUUUGGUUUCGGAGGUGCUCAUGAAGCUAUAUCAGAUCAGAUUGCAUUCAUUUCAAUCGAUCAUUCGACAAAUGGACAGUCUGAACUGAAUCCUAUAGCUGAUCGAUGUUCAUUGAUUGUAGUGCUGAUCGAAGCAGUCGCCUUCACGACACUAAUAUUUCAACUGAGUCGAAAAGAUAAACGCAAGGCGACAGGAUGUCGAAAAUAUACAUUUCUUAAAGCGAAGGACUUAAGAUUGAGCACAUUGAUACCGUUGCCUGGAUGCGAUUCAUCACAAAUUGCUUAUGUUUUGUUUCAGCGUGAUUCAUUUUUCAAUAAUACUUAUAAGAUGCUAGAUUCGUUGGGCUGUUUAACACUUCAUAAUUUCGAUCAACUGCAAUAUCGCCAUUUCCGUAUGAUUGGAUACGACGUGAAUGAUGAAAUAGAGCUGCCACGAUUUCGUAACGAGCAAAUAUUCGCCAAUAUAAUCGCAAUGAAUAUCGAUGAUGAAGAUGAUGGUAGCAUUGGUUGCGAUAAGCUUCUAGGACAUAACCGAUGUAGUUGA